CCGAGAUAUCCAUUGCCGAGAGUCAUUUUUAUUAAAAGGAUGCAAAGCUCACAGGCAGCAUAACUAAGCUCUGCGAGGUUGCACACUCAUUAUUAUAUUCCUUGGCGCUGCUGCGCCGGUGUUUUUGUUCGUCGUGGGCAAAUCAGAAAGACAGCACCCCGACAUUCGAAUCAAUAAUUGGUACAGGUUAGCAAGUCAUUCUACCGCGAGGAAGUGAUACUCAUUGAAGAGAAUUGUUUACGUAUGGUUGUAACCCCUGUAAUAGAUGUUUGUAACUUUCCGAUGAUUGUAAGUUGAUUAGUGAGCGUUGUAAUAUUGUAAUAUUGUAUUUAUGUGAUAACCAUGUUGUUGGUUAAGCAUAUAACAUUGAUGUACUUGUUGAGUGGGUAAUAAUAAUUUACAUUUUACCCCCUCUCAAAAAGUUCAUUGCAACAGCUCUCAAUAUGGAGUCUGACGUCUUCCUCUCUAGCCGCGAAUGAACAGUACCGCGAGGGGGGGUUUCACGAUUUCUCCAUCAAUUUGAGCUUGUUGCUUCAGAUUUUUGGAACUCUGGGUUUGCCAACAGCGGGGGAAUCCUUAACAGAGCUUUUUACGCUGAAUUUUGAGAUGCUCUUCGAUGACUUGAAAGUCAACGCCGUGGUUUGUACUGUUCACCUUUGCUCGUUUUUUGGUUUCACGACGAUGCAGGUAACUUCGAUGGCUUAAUUCCUGGGAUAAUGACCGAUGUGUGUCCCCCUUUCAAGUUUUGAGGGUGGAUUCCAUAUCCAUUUGAAUUUCCAUAUGAUUUGAGGAAUUUUUGGACUGCGAAUUUACUUUUCAUCCGAGACAUUGGACUUUAAUUGUUUUGCUUGAUGUGGAGUUCAAUUUCGUGGAUUCUUGUUGGUUGUUCUUGACUAUUUCUGUUCGAAUGCAUCUAUUUGAAUGAUGUUCUGCUAUGCCCUGGAGCUGUACCACUGGCAUGAUAUGAGGGCUGAACUAUUUCAGCUAUGGGGUUAAAUUACUUUGAUUUCCAUGGAGAUUGACCAUUGAAUUGCAUUGGCUAUGAUACUGCACCCUUCAACAGCAUAUUGACCAGCUUGUUCCCCCCUAAUGGUUUUGGACGAGCCAAUAGGGGAAGCCACAGAUGUGGAGGGAAUGACCAUUGCUUGAAGGUACUUGCAGGUGCUAAGGCAGGCUGUUCAUGGGCAAUCUUGGCUGGAAUAUGCAGUGGCUGGACACAUUCAAUUUGUGAAUUGCAGUGGCUGGAUUAUGGAGCUCAUAAGGAAUUCAUGGCGCUGCUGGUUUGGGUUCCUUGGGGCUGUAAUUGUAACUGCAUUUCAGGCUUUUUGGGCAUUUUUGGUGACUUUGAUCCUGAGUUUGGUUAAGGGCUGUCUUGGAUACUAACAGGGGGUGCAUGGUGGGCUGGAAAAUCAGACUUGCUGCCCAGUAAUUAUUUGGGCAGUAAGUUCACCUUGAAUUUGAAGAUUCAUUGCUGUUUUUGGCCAGAUUUUGUAUUCCAAGUCUGAAUCUAGACAUGGGUUACGUAUGGACUGAUUGAUUAAGCUGAUUUCUUGAGUUCUGGAUGCUUGAUUGGAAGGUUGAGUGGAACCUUGGACAGUUCUUGGGCUGACUUAUUGCAUUUUGAAGGUUCUUUCUUUGGUUGGUUUGGCAAUCAAUUCUAACCAACCAUGGUUUUGCCUCUAGUGGAGGUAAUACCAUUUGAUUUGAAGCUGGGAUUUAUGUUUACUAUUGCCUUUUGCUGCUGCUGGCAGGCUGCCCAGUGCUCUUCUUGACCCUUUCGGUUGGGGUUGGUGGAAGAACCGGGGAUAUAUUGGCUAUGAAGUUGAUCUUCUGGCUAACUGGGCUACUUUCUUGGGUUUGGGAGGUUGUUUUCGCAGGUUUUCUUGCCUAUCUACGUAUUGUUUCUGAAUUCAACCGAGGGCAAUACUAGAUGAAGGCUUAUGGGACAACUAGUGAACUUGUGCCUCGUUUGUUUGGGGAUGCUUGCCAAAUACCCAGGGGGCACUCUUGCCGUAGACCUAGGGGAGGGGUUUGUAUGGCAGAGUGGGGUCACUUUGGAGUUAAGUUGUCCUCCUUGACGAUGGUGGACAACUUCUUGUACUUGAGGCUUGGCCCUUGGCUUGCUUACGGUGACUAUGGCAAGAAUAACUUAACUCUUGCUUUUGUUGGAUGCAACCGUUAAUGAAGAACAUUUUGACCUGAUUUUUGACGUGCUUUUGCUGAUCACCUUGAGAGAUUGUUUGCGAUACCUGAUCCUUCAGGAGGGAGUAUUUAUGGUUGGACUUUGUUGGUACUCCCAUUAGAUACUUCCUCCUUGCUCUUGUUUUGUUACUAUACUAUUGCCGUGAUGGUGCAUGGUACUGGAGGCUGGAGGUUGAGCCCACAAGAGCCUGGACGACCCAGACCACAUUGAUGACUUUGUUAUGGAUGUCUAUUUUGUAUGGCCUACGUGCCAAGUUUGUAUUGUUGAUUGUAUUGUUGAUUGUUUGUUACCCGUUUGGGCUUGUGUUGUAAUUGUCUUUUACAUGCAUGGAACCAUUUUUAUGGUUCAGCAUUUGACAUUGAUGUACCGUUCUGAUUAGGGUAAUAAUAAUUUACAUUUUACCCU